UGACGGACAGCGCCUGGUGUCUCUUUGAGGCCCUGACGUGGACAAACUUCGGGUUUCACGACUCCGGGUUUCUCCAGCGGAUGGGCCGACCGGUGGAGGCGCGUGAGGGAGACGAAGGGACUUCCGUUUCCUUCACCUAGGCUGGGGCCAGGCCGCAGAGCGGAGUUGGCAUUUCCAGAUUGGGGCUCGGGCCGCGCCUCCUCCGGGACCCUCCCCUUGGACCGAGCUGAUCGCCGCGGGGCAGUUCGGGCCGGCUGUCCUGGCGCGAAAAGGUGGACAAGUCCUAUUUUCAAGAGAAGAUGACUUUUAACAGUUUUGAAGGAUCUAAAACUUGUGUACCUGCAGACAUCAAUAAGGAAGAAGAAUUUGUAGAAGAGUUUAAUAGAUUAAAAACUUUUGCAGAUUUUCCAAGUAGUAGUCCUGUUUCAGCAUCAACACUGGCACGAGCAGGGUUUCUUUAUACUGGUGAAGGAGAUACCGUGCGGUGCUUUAGUUGUCAUGCAGCUGUAGAUAGAUGGCAAUAUGGAGACUCAGCAGUUGGAAGACACAGGAAAGUAUCCCCAAAUUGCAGAUUUAUCAAUGGCUUUUAUUUUGAAAAUAGUGCCACGCAGUCUACAAAUUCUGGUAUCCAGAAUGGUCAGUACAAAGUCGAAAACUAUCUGGGAAGCAGAAAUCAUUUUGCCUUAGACAGGCCAUCUGAGACACAUGCAGACUAUCUUUUGAGAACUGGGCAGGUUGUAGAUAUAUCAGACACCAUAUACCCGAGGAACCCUGCCAUGUAUAGUGAAGAAGCUAGAUUAAAGUCCUUUCAGAACUGGCCAGACUAUGCUCACCUAACCCCAAGAGAGUUAGCAAGUGCUGGACUCUACUACACAGGUAUUGGUGACCAAGUGCAGUGCUUUUGUUGUGGUGGAAAACUGAAAAAUUGGGAACCUUGUGAUCGUGCCUGGUCAGAACACAGGCGACACUUUCCUAAUUGCUUCUUUGUUUUGGGCCGGAAUCUUAAUAUUCGAAGUGAAUCUGAUGCUGUGAGUUCUGAUAGGAAUUUCCCAAAUUCAACAAAUCUUCCAAGAAAUCCAUCCAUGGCAGAUUAUGAAGCACGGAUCAUUACUUUUGGGACAUGGAUAUACUCAGUUAACAAGGAGCAGCUUGCAAGAGCUGGAUUUUAUGCUUUAGGUGAAGGUGAUAAAGUAAAGUGCUUUCACUGUGGAGGAGGGCUAACUGAUUGGAAGCCCAGUGAAGACCCUUGGGAGCAACAUGCUAAAUGGUAUCCAGGGUGUAAAUAUCUGUUAGAACAGAAGGGACAAGAAUAUAUAAACAAUAUUCAUUUAACCCAUUCACUUGAGGAGUGUCUGGUAAUUUCAGAUGAUACCGUCUUCCAAAAUCCUAUGGUACAAGAAGCUAUACGAAUGGGGUUCAGUUUCAAGGACAUUAAGAAAAUAAUGGAGGAAAAAAUUCAGAUAUCUGGGAGCAACUAUAAAUCACUUGAGGUUCUGGUUGCAGAUCUAGUGAAUGCUCAGAAAGACAGUACGCAAGAUGAGUCAAGUCAGACUUCAUUACAGAAAGAGAUUAGUACUGAAGAGCAGCUAAGGCGCCUGCAAGAGGAGAAGCUUUGCAAAAUCUGUAUGGAUAGAAAUAUUGCUAUCGUUUUUGUUCCUUGUGGACAUCUAGUCACUUGUAAACAAUGUGCUGAAGCAGUUGACAAGUGUCCCAUGUGCUACACAGUCAUUACUUUCAAGCAAAAAAUUUUUAUGUCUUAAUCUAACUCUGUAGUAGGGAUGUUAUGUUCUUCUUAUUACCCUGAUUGAAUGUGUGAUGUGAACUGACUUUUAAGUAAUCAGGAUUGAAUUCCAUUAGCAUUUGCUACCAAGUAGAAAAAAAAUGUACAUGGCAGUGUUUUAGUUGGCAAUAUAAUCUUUGAAUUUCUGGAUUUUUCAGGGUAUUAGCUGUAUUAUUUAUCCAACUUUUUUUACUGUUAUCUAAUUGAAACCCUAGACUAAGAAGCAUCAUAUUAUAACUGAACACAAUGUGUAUUCAUCGUAUACUGACUUAAUUUCUAAGUGUAAGUGAAUUAAUCAUCUGGAUUUUUUAUUCUUUUCAGAUAGGCUUAACAAAUGGAGCUUUCUGUAUAUAAAUGUGGAGAUUAGAGUUAAUCUCCCCAAUCACAUAAUUUGUUUUGUGUGAAAAAGGAAUAAUUGUUCCAUGCUGGUGGAAAGAUAGAGAUUAUUUUUAGAGGUUGGUUGUUGUGUUUUAGGAUUCUGUCCAUUUUCUUUUAAAAUUAUAAACACGUACUUGUGCGAAUAAUUUUUUAAAAGUGAUUUGCCAUUUUUGAAAGGGUAUUUAAUGAUAGAAUACUAUCAAGCCAAGAUGUACUGACAUGGAAAGAUGUGAAAGAUAUAUUAAGUGUAAAAUGCAAGUGGCAAAACACUAUGUAUAGUCUGAGGCCAUCAAAGUAUGUAUGUUUCUUAUAUGUAUAGAACAAAAGAUUUGGAAAGAUAGACACCAAACUGUUAAAUGUGGUUUCUCUUUGGGGGGGUUGGGGAAGGGGCCUCAGAGGGGUUUUAUAGGGGCCUUUCACUUUCUCUUUUUUUCAUUUUGUUCUGUUUGAAUUUUUUAUAAGUAUGUAUUACUUUUGUAAUCAGAAUUUUUAGAAAGUAUUUUACUGAUUUAAAGGCUUAGGCAUGUUCAAACGCCUGCAAAAGUACUUAUCACUCAGCUUUAGUUUUUCUAAUCCAAGAAGGCAGGGCAGUUAACCUUUUUGGUGCCAAUGUGAAAUGUAAAUGGUUUUAUGUUUUUCCUGCUUUGUGGAUGAAAAAUAUUUCUGAGUGGUAGGUUUUUGACAGGUAGACCAUGUCUUCUUAUCUUGUUUCAAAAUAAGUAUUUCUGAUUUUGUAAAAUGAAAUAUAAAAUAUGUCUCAGAUCUUCCAAUUAAUUAGUAAGGAUUCAUCCUUAAUCCUUGCUAGUUUAAGCCUGCCUAAGUCACUUUACUAAAAGAUCUUUGUUAACUCAGUAUUUUAAACAUCUGUCAGCUUAUGUAGGUAAAAGUAGAAGUAUGUUUGUACACUGCUUGUAGUUAUAGUGACAGCUUUCCAUGUUGAGGUUCUCAUAUCAUCUUGUAUCUUAAAGUUUCAUGUGAGUUUUUACCGUUAGGAUGAUUAAGAUGUAUAUAGGAUGAAAUGUUAAAUCCUCUGCCUACAUUUGUGUUCUUGACUAGUAAUAGUAGUAGAUACUUCUGAAAUCAAUGUUCUCUCAACAUCCUUAAAACCUCUUGGAAAUUAUAAAAAUAUUGGCAAGAAAAGAAUAGUUGUUUAAAUAUUUUUUGAAAAACACUUGAAUAAGAAUCAAUAGGACAUAAACUAGAAGUUUAAAAAUGCUUCAUAGGACGUCCAGGGUUUACAUUAUAAGAUUCUCACAACAAACCUAUUGUAGAGGUGAGUAAGGCAUGUUACUACAUAGAGAAAAGUUUGAGAGUAAAACUGUAAAAAAUUAUAUUUUUGUUGUACUUUCUAAGAGAAAGAGUACUGUUAUGUUCUCCUAACUUCUGUUGAUUACUACUUUAAGUGAUAUUCAUUUAAAACAUUGCAAAUUUAUUUUAUUUAUUUAAUUUUCUUUUUGAGAUGGAGUCUUGCUUGUCACCCAGGCUGGAGUGCAGUGGCAUGAUCUCUGCUCACUGCAACCUCCCCCUCCUGGGUUCAAGCGAUUCUCUUGCCUCAGCUUCCUGAGUAGCUGGGAUUACAGGCGAGUGCCACCAUACCCGACUAAUUUUUGUAUUUUUAGUAGAGACAGGGUUUCACCAUGUUGGCCAGGCUGGUCUCAAACUCCUGACCUCAAGAGAUCCGCCCACCUUGCCCUCCCAAAGUGCUGGGAUUACAGGCUUGAGCCACCACACCCAGCCAAAGCAUUGCAAAUUUAAAUGAGAGUUUUAAAAAUUAAAUAAUGACUGCGCUGUUCCUGUUUUAGUAUGUAAAUCCUCAGUUCUUCACCUUUGCACUGUCUGCCACUUAGUCUGGUUAUAUAGUCAUUAACAUGAAUUUGAUCUGUAUAGUCUAGAGUAUAAGUUUAAAUUUAAAGUGUUCUACAAGGGGAGAAAAGUGUUAAAAUUUUUUAAAUAUGUUUUCCAGGACACUUUAGCUCUAAGUCAGGUAGGUAGUUCAGUCUAGUUGUUAGCCAAGGACUUAAGGACUGAAUUGUUUUAACAUAAGGCCUUUCCUGUUCUGGGAGCCACACUUCAUUAAAAUUCUUCUUCUAAAGCUUGUAUGUUUAGAGUUAAGCAAGACUUUUUUUCUUCCUCUCCAUGAGUUGUGAAAUUUAAUGCACAACGCUGAUGUGGCUAACAAGUUUAUUUUAAGAAUUGUUUAGAAAUGCUGUUGCUUCAGGUUCUUAAAA